GCAGUUGAUAUGUGUUGCUCAAUGUUUUUGUUUUAGCCUAGCUAGCUCUCUUGCUCUUCCUGGCAGGCGACGUGAAUACAAAAUGGAAAUGUCAGCUCUGUUAGUUCAUGUUAUAUCUCUUCUUUUUGCCUCAGUAACGUGCACAGAGUCGUCGGCUAGGCAACUGAAUACGGAAAACAUCCUGAUUAAUGUGACGGCAGGGACACUGGCGGACACACAGCUGCAGGACUCCAACAACUUGCAGAUCAAUUUAAACAUAUCGGUGGGCGAAGAGCAGGUGCUGGUCAAUGAUAUCCCAGUCGAGCUAUCAGGGGUCACCAGGUUCAACUGCCAAGCGCUUCUCUUAGACGGCAUCAAUGGAAGCAGUGAGUUUGAAUCUGGGGACUUGGUGUCCACUGUCACCCGGGUGAUGGUGAGCCAGAACCGGCUAUACAGCGACUCAGAGGAGGUGGUGGCUCUGCAGGUGUUCAGUGAAGUAAUAGAGAUGGAGGGCAAACAGGUCCAGCAGCCUGACAUGUGUGAGGUGAAAAUACUGAUGAGCCCAGAUUUCCAGAAGCUGGCUCAGUUUACCAACAUCUACCCCAUCGGACACAGUGAGAUCUUCAGGGUUCCCCGGGAGAACGAUGUGGUGGUCACUGACCCACCAAAUCCUAGGAAAGACGAAGAACAGCUGAUGUCCCAGACCACUAGCCAGUACCCCCUGAAGCACACAGAGACCACCCAGGAGGAGAUCGCUGCCCCGGGAAAGCUCCCAGAGACUCCACUUCGUAUGGACCCCGACCUCCUGUACGAUGUCCGAUACGAUGAUGAGUUUGAUGUCAGAGAGCUGAGCCAGCCAGAUCAGAUUCAGAUGGAAACGCCGCCCAAAGAAUUGUUAUCAUCGUACUCUGCCAUGUGUCAGUGGGUGGAGGAAGUGAGGGAGCGUCUCCGGCGCUUCAGCUCCGAGUCGCUGCCUCUUUUCUUCCUGGUCAUGUGGGUGGUGGUGAUCGGCGUUGUCGGCUCGGCGGUCAUCGUCAAGAUCUUGGACAUGUUCUUCCCAACUUGUGAACACAAACACAUUUUUCACCUAAACCCUGUCACUCUAAUGCCCGAGGAUGAGAAGCACACUCUGCUGGAGAACGUAGAAAUCGAGGCAGAAGAAGAAGAGGAAGAGAAGAAGCCUUGAAUGAGCAGUUGACUUAGCCAGCUCCUUUAUUUUCAGUUUGUUCUCAUUUGUUUUUCCAGCUUGGUUACCCGGUUACAUUUUCAGCAUGGCCUGGUCGUUUGCUUAUAUUCAAAAAUGUGUGAAGCAGUAGGUUGUGUUUCACUUCCCUUUUAAGCACAGCAGCCAUGCAGCAGGAGGUCGUUUAAUGCCAUCAAAUAAGUAAGCGAUUCAUAGUGCUGAAUCUCAACUUCCCAUGUUGUGAUGUCAGCUGUGAAGGUGUUGGUUAGCUGUCAGUCAGCGUGUUAACCUAACUCUGCACAAUCCAACUCUUUGCUCCUGUGAUUGGUGGGAUAGAGUUUAUGAAAAAGUUACUUUUAUCCAGUCCCAAAUGCCUGUGCUUUUACGGUAACAAGUUACUAGAAAUUACCUCACUGGGUACUUCUGCUUUACCCAGGGUCACGUCAGACAGCUAGCCUGCAUAAUAUAUAUCUCAUUUGUUUAAUAUGCACCAAAAACAAAGUGCAAAAAGGAUUACGUUCCAGACUAUAUCGGGCACAGUGACUUCCUCCGAGGCUUACCAUGAGGUUGCCAGGCAUCCUGGCAAAGACUCCAGGAAGUCACUGAUUGAUCCUUUUCAUCAAGCGUUUGGCAAAAAGAAGGAAAUAAGCCAAGCAGAUAUAACUAUACUGUAGGCUUGACUAAUAAAUAUGAACAAACUGAAAAUUUGAGGGACUGCAUCUAAUGAUUUAGAGUCUGUAUGUCCACUGGAAAGACUUUCUACAUGUAGCGGUUCUACACGUCACACUUUCUUCUCACACUGAAAAUGAUAUGAUACCCCACUGCAAGAAAACUAAGGCAGCAAAUGCACUAAAAUGACUUUAUUCAGUAUAUGUGUAAUGUAUGUAAUAUGAGGCAUCUUUGUUAUCCUCUUAAGUGAAGAGAAGGAUAAAUAAUUAUAAUUGAGUUGUUGUUACAGAUAGGUGGGAUGACGUAAGGUCAAAUGACGCAGAUAACUGUCACUGUAAAAUGUUAUUACAAAUCUUGUGUCUGCACAUUUCGUGAAUACUGCCCCACCCCCCGCCCCUUUAAGGCCUGCUUUCCACUAUUGAGGCUCAUAUAUUGAUAUUGAUUGUCUUCUUUCACAGUGCCUCGGUCGGUGACUCUUUCUGGGACUUUAUCAGUAAAGGGGGGGGGGUUAUAAUUGAUUUUCUUUAAUUGUGUGUGGUGUGUGUGUGCGUGCGCUUUCCUCUCAUAAUGGAGAAUGUAAAUUAGGUUGUUCCGAUUGUCUGUGCACUCUAAACGUAAACUGCUGAGACUGAUGUAAAACGGCGUGUGCACCAAACUUUCAUUGUGUAAAUGAUUGUUCAAGGAAACAAUCUGCACUGGUUUAGAAGGUUCAGGUUCAGGUUUAGAAUCAUGGAGUGAAAACUGGACUUGACUGCAUGGAUGUUUUUUUGUUGUUGUGGUGAAUCGUAUGAUUUAUGGGCACGAAUGACUUUAGAUAACAAACACCACUAUCACUCCCGAUGUUUUUCACGAGGCUGUGCGCGAGGGACCAAGCAGCUGGACACAAAGGCCGGUUAUUGGUAAAAAAGAAGGGUUUAAUUAAUCAAGAAACAAUUGUUUCAUUUUAAACACCCUUAAAACAUCAGCUUGUACAGCUGAGGUGGUGAUUUUGUCUCCCCAGGCUCAGUUAGUCUGCAGAAUGCAUGAUGUACUGCGCAGAAGGUGCAUGUGUAGUCUAGCUAGUGAAUGCAGUUUUGCUGUUCUAUCAGCUAAGUUAUACAUUAAAACAAGGAAACCGCAUGACGACUUUAAAACAGCUCAGCCUGCGUCGGGUUCAGUCUCAAAUUCCAAAUUGAUUAAAUCAAUACAACAACAUGUCAGGCAUGGAUUCAUAUGUAAAACAACAACAACAAUGUAUUUUGAUUUGCUCUUUGUUUGAAUGGCGGCAGACCCAGGUGUUACUAUUUUGAGCCAUUCGGUGCAUAAAUUACAGCUGGACUGUGUAUUUGGGUCUAAACUGAUUAAUUAAAUGCUUUCCUUCAA